AUGGAGUCUAUUUGUUCAUCUGCUUCCAGGUCUGAAUGCGCUUUUUUCUUAGACGAUGUGGAGAUGUCACUGCAUCAGCCGCUAGCUAUGAAACCUGAAUCCCGUCAUGCCACGGCACCCAAAGAAGGCAGCGGGGGCGAAGGGGGCAACUAUGCAAUUCGAUCACAGGAUUCGCCUAAGAGAAUGCUGUGCUCAGCUUCGGCUGGCUGCUCCACCCAACAUAAAUAUAGCCGAUCCAGUGGAUGCCACAGAUCCACAGGAAACCAACAAGAGAGCAAAACCGCAGCCACAAAAAAGCCGAUCUAUAUGAGUAUCCCGUUCGUUCCCGCAGUAGCUGACUGGUUGGACCAGAUGUGGUACGCAGAGUCUAUUUUCGUUCGCUGUGGGGAAGGAUCACCUGCAGGGACUGUUACGAAACGUAGCGGUCGAACGCGAGUUGUUGUUGAUCAUUCUUCGGCGGCAACGCAGGGAAGCUUUUGGUCUGUAGGGGCUGGAAGUGAAAAUGCGGAAGUCUCGGAAAUUAAAAGGAAGCAGCGAGCCAGUAUUCAGCUCCUCCCCCUCCGCUUCAAAGAUCCGCACGCCGAGGAGGAAUUUGUAUUCAACAGCAGCCGCCUGAUGAUAUGGCGAAACAUUUGCCUUUUUGUUUUCAAGAUCCUAGCCACAACGUGUGUGUAUGGUAUCGUUGCCGCAUCUGGGGCAUUUGGAGAAUGGUCCUAUGUCCCGAGCUCAUUUAUAUCAGGGCUGAAUGUUGUAUACGUAACCUUACUCAUUUUGGCUGUGCUGUCGUUGGUGGUACCAAUGAUUCCGUGGUUGAGGGCCCGCCUGGAGUACUCGCUCUAUUUUCUUCUUAUCUGCGAGGCGCUGGUCUUAGCCAGCUUUGUGACGCACGAAAAGGUAUACAGCUACACAAAUAGCAAUGACAGGUUUAGUGCCAAUAUCUGGGAAUCAAGGAAUGAGAUAGCCCUCACGGGAAAAGAAGUUUGCACGAGCAACCCAAGGCUUUCGGUUUUCGUCCUUUCCAUGGAACUCAUCUUGGACGCAUGGGUGCAAUUUUUUAUGUACUUUUUCAUCAUCACUGUAAGCAUUGUGCUGCCCACUCGAGUUCGCAUAGCUGCCUGGGUUCAGCUGGCGGUUUUGGUUAUAUAUUGCGUUCCGGUUUUCGCCGGGCAAGCGUACUGCAAAAUCCUGCUGUAUCCAGAGCUCCUUCGCAUGCUGCAUGCAUUUUUCAUGUUGGGCGCCGCUGUUUUUGGCGCGUAUGCAAGCGAAUCAAAGCGUCGGGGUCUCUUCUACUCAUGGCUUUCUAUGAAGCGGCAAAUGAAGCUCUUAGAGGCUGAGCGUGACAAGGCAAGUGACGACAAUAUGCGUAGCGGGAUAUCCGCUCUCCAGAACCACUGCAAACAAGUAGAAGUAGCUUUGAUGUGCGCCAAGACUGCCCCUGGGGGAGCUGAUAUUUCGUCUUACAUAAAAGAUGCUGCGACUCAUGCCGAAGCAUCUUUGGAUAUUAUGGCAAAUAGCAAGGACCUAUACCACACGGAACUCCAAGAAGAGUUGCGCGAAAAGACCUUUAUUAAGGCAUUUAACGUGGAGAAAACAACCAGCAAGGGUCUACUUUCGGCUGGCGCCCGUAGCGUAUCGCGAGUGAACCCUGCCCGAACUGAGCCAUCAGUUGUAGGGCAGGGGCUUAAAGCAGUGUCCGUUAGCUCUGAUGGUAUUCGGCUCCCCUGCUUCUCGGCAGAUCUCGCGUCUCGUGUCGGCGUCGAUAUCUCAUUCAACCCGAUGGCUUUUCAGCGACAGAUACAGGUCCAUGAUGCAGAAAAUUCGGCCUUCUUUGAAUGUGGAUAUACGUUGCUUUCACGCUACUCUGCGGACUGGGGCUGUGAUGAUCGCACUUUGAGUUAUUUUCUCAUGGAUAUAGAAGGCCUGUACAACAAGCUGCCGUAUCACAAUUCCAUUCAUGGUGCUAUGGCAAUACUUUACAACGACCGUUCUGUCCUCGAAAACUUUCAUUCAGCAUUGACCUUCAAAGUUUUGUCCCAAAGCGCCAGCAACAUCUUUCGAUACCUUGCUAAAAAUGAGCUUAUGGAGAUCAGGUCGAAUAUUAUACCCCUAAUUCUUGCAACGGACAUGAAGACGCACUUCUCCGCCCUGAGCCGAUUCAGAGCAAGGCGACAAAACCCUGCAUUUGACCAUAGGAAACAGAGAGAUGACACAUGGCUGGUCGUGGAAAUGUGUAUGAGAGCAGCUGACAUUGGACAUAGCGUUGUGGAUUGGGAUCAGCACUUUGAGUGGAGUGGGCGAGUCACUGCUGAAUUUUAUCUUCAAGGCGACGAAGAGACACGGCUUGGAAGAGGUGUCUCGCCGUUGUGUGACCGGGACCUGCAUAGUAGCAUGGCUCGAAAUCAAGUUGGCUUUCUGUCACACAUAGUGAAGCCACUUUUUGCUGAGCUGAACAGCGUUGAAAGCAUGAAAGGCGCAUUCCAGGGAGCGGUCGAUACAAUUGAAGCGAAUACCAAUAAAUGGCAACAUUUGCAAGACUCUGGGAUCGAUGUGAAGUUUUCUCCAGCUGUAGUCGAUGUCGAAGAAGCACUGAUGGGGAAAGCCCACGUCCUGGACAUUACUCUGCUCACCGCAAACGACUGCAAGUGUCCUUGCUGCAGAGCUGGCAACGUGGCUUGCCAGUUUCUGAGCAUGAAAGUGCGGAUCAACGAAAAUGUGGAAUAA